UUCAGACGUGCUUCUUGAAGCUGUCUGUAAUGAUCGGCUAUCGAUAGUGUGCACCAAGACAACGAUCUGCUGUCAAUAUUUUCCAGCUGUAUUUUCUAUAAUCGAUCGACUACAACUAUGGACCUCAUGCAGGUUAUAUUGCUGCUAGUUGCAUCUGUGACUGUGUUGUCUGGUAUCAUCGAAGGUAAGACAAGGUGCAGAUCCACAAUGAAGAGAAGUGACCCGGGUCCGGGCGGCUAUAGAGUCUUCAACCGGAAACAGCUGGCUAUCAUCACACCCCUGCUCAACCUACGAGAGCCGAAGCGAAACCUUAACAAGAGUCUGAACAAAAGGACUGACGCCCCCUUCCGGAUGGUCACUGACUGCAACCGUGACAGGAUCCCAAGAGACAUCCUCGUCGCUCGUUGUCGAGAAGAAGCGUGUGACGAUGAUGCCAGCUGGGUAAAGGGCAACACUUACGCAUCAAAGCUGGUGGUUUGGAAAGUUCGGGUCAACGGCAAGCUGCAGUACCACGCCCAGCGGGAGAAGGUCCCAGUAGCGUGCACGUGCAUGAGACCACUCGUCGCGGGUCCGGGGUAAACUGAUAUUGAUAAUCUCCCCUUUUUAUUCUCCAAGCAAAGGUUUCGGUGUAGCAGUGGCCGGGAAGGGGAGGCAGCCGAAUAAAGUCACGACCACUACUAUCCCCCUCGACCAUAACCUCUGCUCGGGGAAUCCC